ACCUUAUCUUCGGAAGCCACCUGAAGUCUUACUCGGACUUGUACCACACAACCUUUGCUCUCUUCGAAAUGAUGCUUGGGAGGUUCUUUGCUAGUGACAUGCUGGAGGCUAACCCUCUCAUCGGGCCGGUCUUCUUCUCCGCCUUCAUGGUCUGUAUCUUCACCCUCCUCAUGAACUUCCUCAUGUCCAUCGUCUGUGACGCCAUUUCCGCUGAUGUGGACGUCAACCACGACCAGGAGCUUGCGGAGCACAUGUGGAGCAGCGUCUGUGCCAAGUUGGGUCUGAGCAGCCCUCCCAAGGAAGUGGUCCAGGAACCAGGUGAGCUGAAGCUGGAAAAGCUGCAGGAAAACCUGGGCAUCAUUCAGGAGCAGCUGGAUCAAAGUCUGAACAUCUGUGACUCCAUACUGCCAUCACGUCAUCGCUACAACCUGGACCAGCCCAGUACUAGUUCUGCUCCUCAUUAUUGUGAAGUAAAGAUUGUCAUCCAGCAUGCUGAGGAUGACUAACUUGGAGGCAAGCCUUUAAUAAUAAUAAUAAUAAUAAUGAAUUAUGCUCUGCAUUGAAUUAGGGCGGUCCGUCUACACUCUACAUACAUGUACUAGGUAGAAUUAAAACAGCCGAUUACGCUCUACGGAGAGGGUAUGCUGGCCCCAAUACCAUACAUGUAUUCAGCAUUAUAAUAUUAUAUAUUCAUUGGUAGAACAUACUGUCCCUGUAUUGUGCAUACAAUGUAGCACUGUGGCAGAUAUAUUUAUUUAUGAAUUGAAGGAGCUGUAGUUCCUUAAUCUGUAGUUCCUUAAAUAACAUGGACUUAAGAGAUUAGUACAACUGGAAGCAAUUCACAGGGUUUUUUUUGGUAGUUUAGGCCAUGUUGAUUUGAUUAUAUGGAUGACAUCCGUGCGCGCAUGAAUU